CACCCCAGAUCUCACUCAGUGAUGUAAACUCUUAGUGAAUACUGGAGCCAAUCAGAAGACACAUCUCCCAAGGGCAAUCUUAUAUGGGAGGGGAGGCAAAGUACCCCUUUGUGACCCAACUGGGCAAUGAAGGGCUCAAAGGAGCAAUGGCCACCAUGCAAUCCUAUCUUGCAGAUGACCUCUCGUGCCCCAUUUGUGGAAAUAUCCUGCAAAAGCCAGUCGUGCUGUUUUGCAGACAUCGCUUUUGCAAGCUUUGCCUUGAGAACCAGUGGAAUGGAGGAGGAUCUUGCGAAUGCCCGCUUUGCACUCAGCCAUCCUCUAUGGGGGAGCUCAUAGUCAACACCAUGCUUGAGAAGACCUGUGAGGGCUUUCUGGAGCGAUGCAAAAACAACCCUCUCGCAUGCAAGGAGCAUGGAGAGACCUUGACGCUUUUUUGUUUGGAGGAUCUGGAACCCAUUUGUUGCAAAUGCCAGUCGUCAGCCAACCACCAUGGUCACAGGUUAUAUCCCUUAAAUGAAGCUUCACACGACUGUAAGGAAGAACUCAAAAAUGCUUUGAAACCACUUCAGGAAAAGCUGAAGCUCUUCCGAAAAGCAAAACUCACUUGUGAGGAAACAGUAAAGCAUAUUAAGAGUCAGGCUGAGAACACAGAGAGGAAGAUAAGAGAGGAGUUUGAGGCGCUGCACCAGUUUCUGCGAGAUGAGGAAGCAUCCAGGCUUUCCAUGCUCAAGCAAGAGAAGGAUCAGAAGAGGCAGAUGAUGAAUGAUAAGAUUGAAGAUUUGGAGAAUGACAUCACUUCACUUAGCAAUACUAUAAGAGUCAUUGAACAGGAGAUGUUAUCUCAGGAUAUACCAUUCCUCAAGAAUUAUAAGGACACUAUAAAGAGAACCUGGCGGGUUCCCCAGGAUACAGAGAUGAUAAGAGGUUCACUGCUUGAUGUUGCCAAACACCUGGGCUCAUUAAAGUUUAAAGUAUGGGAAAGAAUGAAGGAAAUCAUUCAAUAUACUCCAGUGACCCUUGAUCCGAACACCGCGGCAAGCUGUUUCCUCCUGUCAGAGGAUCUGACAACAUUACAGUGCUGUUCCCAGACGUUUAAACUCCCAGAAAACCCUGAGCGUUUCAAUGUUGGCGCAGAGGUACUGGCCUAUGAGGGCUUCAGCUCGGGACGAUACAGCUGGGACGUGGAGGUCAAAAACAACACUUACUGGGUCAUUGGAGUUGCAAGCGCAUCCAUCAGCCGGAAGGGAAAGCAUGUGCUGACCCCCGCAGAGGGAUUCUGGACCAUUAGGCUACGAAACGGAGAGUAUAAAGCCUGUACUGCCCCAUGGUCCCCUCUCACUAUGACUCAGGAGCCGCAGGUGGUGAGAGUGGUUCUGGACAUGAACAGAUCCAGGGUGACUUUCUACGACCCACGAGAGAGGACGCCAUUGUUCACCUACAUGGACAUCAUCACUCCGAGGGCAUUCCCAUACUUCUGCAGUGCCUGUAAGGAGCACCCACUGAGAGUGUUGCCAGCGUGGAUCUCUAUUAAGACAGACUGAAGUGAAGAAGGUCCCUCUCCACAUUUCAACUCUUAUGUUACAGUACAUGUGUUGUGUGCGGGUCAGCUUUUGGAUUUUAAAAACCUGAUAGAUGAUCUGAAUCACAAGGUGAAUCUCCCCAAAAUUGUCCUAAAAUGCAUAAGUCACAUUUUCCUGAAAUCAAAAGAAAAUAUGAUAAUAUUGUAACACCAGUGGUUGACACUUCAUCAUAGUCUGUGUGUGUGUGGUGGUAUUGCACCUUAUCACUGGUAUCCACCCAUCAUAAAAUGGAAAAAAGACGACAACAAUGGUGACGUAGUGUGUAGCAAUGUGCUACUGCCACUCUAAAUCUUGUUGGAGGAGUUGAUAGACAGAGAAGAGAGACAGGCACUGUUUACACCUGGUGUUAAGAUGCGUUUUGGUCGAUCGGAUCACAAGUGGACGACGCUAAAUACAGGUGUAAAUGGGGUCUAAAAUGUUUUGAGCUUGUCCACUUUCGACCACUUCCAGAGGUAGUCGGAAACGCAUUCGAUCGGACAUCUUUCGUAGUGUAAACGGUCAUGUGGUCGAAUGUGUUCGUACAGCCAUAAAAGUGUUGUAGUGUUGUUGUCGAGACCAGCUCACUCGAGUCCGAGUCGAGACCGAGACCAUAGAGGGUUGAGUCCGAGUCGAGACCGAGACCA